AUCAGAACACUACCAAUUAACUACCUCCCCAAUCUUCAAGUGUCAGUCUGGCUACUCUCUCCUCGCCGGCCGGAGAGAGAAAUACUAAAAUGGCGUAUGCGUCGCCCCUAUUCGCUCCAACUACCUUCCGCGCUGCCAAACCUAGAUUCUCUCGUCUUUCUUCCAAACCAAAAACGACCAGAACCGUAACCGUAGCCUGCAUUCCUUCCCUCAGCACGGCCUCCGCCACCGACCUAUCCUUAUUUGAUGGCCCUACCCUCGCCGUCAUUGGUGGAGGCUCUGUGGCUGCGUUAGCCGCCGCUCUCUCCCUUACGGACCCCGAGCGUCGGCGCCGACUCCAGGCUGAGGAAGUCGGGGGCGGCGAUAAGGAGGUGGUUAAAGAGUACUUCAACAAUUCCGGAUUCCAGCGGUGGAAGAAGAUUUACGGAGAGACGGAUGACGUUAAUCGGGUACAGCUCGACAUUAGGCUGGGCCACUCGAAGACGGUGGAGAAUGUAUUGAAGAUGUUGAAAGACGAAGGUUCACUGGAAGGAGUCACUGUUUGUGACGCAGGUUGUGGUACAGGUUCUCUCGCGAUUCCCUUGGCCAAAGAAGGAGCGAUUGUUUCCGCAAGCGACAUCUCGGCUGCUAUGGUGGCGGAGGCUGAGAAGCAAGCAAAAGAGCAGCUUCUAGCAGUCGGUGAAAAUGCGGCACCUGCGUUGCCGAAAUUUGAAGUGAAGGAUCUAGAGAGCUUAGAUGGGAAGUAUGAAACUGUAGUAUGCCUAGACGUUUUGAUACAUUACCCACAGAGUAAAGCAGAUGGGAUGAUUGCCCAUCUUGCAUCUUUGGCAGAGAAUCGACUGAUUUUGAGUUUUGCACCAAGGACAUUUUACUAUGAUCUAUUAAAGAGAGUAGGGGAGUUGUUUCCCGGGCCUUCAAAGGCAACGAGAGCAUAUCUACAUGCAGAGGCGGAUGUGGAGAGAGCAUUGAAGAAGGUUGGGUGGAGGAUAAGAAAUAGAGGCCUGAUCACUACACAAUUUUAUUUUGCGAGGCUUGUUGAAGCUGUUCCUGCAUAAAAGGAAGAGGGGGUAGAUUUAAACUUUUAGUCUAUUAUCUUGUUGCUAGAAAGAAGUUCGUAAUUAAUUUGUAAAGCCAUGAAUUUUCCAUAUGUUUCGUCAUCAUACGCUUCUAUUUUAUGUAUCCUUAGUGUAUAUUAGGUCGCUAUGUAUCUAAAAUCUAAUUCAACUUCACAAAGUCUUGUGGGUCAGGGUCAUCUUUAACUUCA